AUAUACCCAGCUGACUUAGAAGAACCUUGCAAACAUUCAGGCAGACAAUGUAUUUCAUUUUUGUUUGAUUCUGUGCCCCUCAUAACAAUGACGCUUGUGACGACUUUGAAUUAUGGAAAAUUAUGUCGUUUUCGGUCGAAUUGGUGAGGGCGCCCAUGGAGUUAUUCUCAAAGCCAAACAUACAAAGAGUAAUGAAUUGGUUGCGUUGAAAAAAAUUUCAUUGCGCAAUUCGGCUGAUGGUAUACCGACUACUGCACUGAGAGAGAUUAAAGCGCUCCAGUUUGUUGAAUCAUGCCCGUACGUAGUUCGUUUAAGAGAAAUGUUUCCUCAUGGCUUCGGUUUCGUGUUGGUAUUUGAUUACAUGACGACUGAUCUGAGCGAAAUUAUUCGGAAUCAUAGUUGCCAUCUUAAACCUUCACAUGUGAAAAGCUAUAUGAUGAUGUUGCUAUUAGGCCUAGAAGUGAUACACAGUUUGGGGAUAAUGCAUCGUGAUCUGAAGCCUGCAAACCUUUUACUUAACGAGAACGGAAUCCUAAAAAUAGCGGACUUCGGACUAGCACGUUUGUACCAAGACUGUAAUGCCAGGUUGUACAGUCACCAAGUUGCGACUCGGUAUGACAUUCCCUCAUUUGUAUUUCUGUUGUUAUCUGCAAGAUGGUACAGAGCACCUGAACUUCUUUAUGGUGCACAAAGAUACUUUAACCAUGUCGACUUGUGGGCGGUGGGGUGCAUUUUUGCUGAACUUCUAAAUCUCUCUCCUAUAUUUCCUGGAGAGAAUGACAUUGAGCAACUUUGGAUUGUUAUACGUUCUCUAGGAACACCUAAAGAAGACGAAUGGCCUGAACUUGUGGAAUUACCAGACUACAACAAAAUAACCUUCACUCCAACUCAGCCUGUCCCUUUUGAAGAAAUCCUUCCAGACGCACCUCCGGAGGCAUUGGAUCUAGUCAAACGCUUUCUGGUCUAUCCUCCAAGUAAAAGGAUAUCGGCGUCCGAAGUAAGAAUUUCCACUUAA